CCUGCAGAGCUGUACGAAGUGGGACAGACAAAGAGAACACACAGCCAGACUGACUUCAAACAUACACACUGGGCCGCACAUCAUCCUCACACACACUGUACAUUUCUGUGGUGUUAUCUCUCAUAACACACUCCGUCAGCAGCAGCAGCAGCAGCAGCAUGUUUUGGCAGAGGUUCCCCCAGGCAGUGUGUGUGCUGUCAGUCUGUGCGUGUCUGGCCUUCACCUAUGACGAUGAUAUUGAGGUCAACUACGCCGACACCUACUACAAUGAAAUCACAGAUGGAGACACACCAGAACCGACACCGAGCCAAGCCCCCUGUAGCUCUCCAGACCUGAGUAAAUGGGACAAACUCUUCUCAAUGCUGGAGAACAGUCAGAUGAGGGAGAACAUGCUUCUUCAGUUCGCCGAUGACAUCAUGAAGGGGGAGAUGGAGUCUCUACGAAGUGAAAUGCUCAGGUUUGUGGCGAAGUAUGGAGGGUCCUGUGGGGUUGCCGUGGAGACAACAGGAAGAAAGAUGGUCUUGCAGUUGGAGGCUCGUCUCAGAGAAGCCCUGGAUCGCUUCAGACCUCAAGGAGAUCCAACCUGGAAUUCUGCUGGGAUCCACUUGGAGGCGAUGCUCCAGCAGCUCCUCUCUGCAGCACAAACACAAGCGUCCCGACUCGCUAAACUGGAGACCAGCUGCUUCAGCAGUCCAGCAACUGGGGUAGGGGUGCAUUCAAAGACGGGAUUCCAGCUUCCGGGGGGACACCAAGAACAAGAGGUGGCAUCCCAAGAGGUGGCUUUAGAGGCAGCGCUGGUGGCCCUGCAGCAGACGAAGGUGGAGCUUGAGGAGGUGCUGAGGUCAUCCAAGCAAAGAAGUCUACCUGCAGGCUGUGAGAUGGCCCUUCUCUUCCCCAUGCGUUCCAGUCGAAUCUACACCUCUGUCAUCCCAGACGUUCCUCUAUCGCUGACCUCCUUCACUGUCUGUAUGUGGGUGAAGCCGACCGUUGUCUCCAACAAAACUGUACUCUUCUCAUAUGGAAAUCGCCGGAACCCGUACGAGAUCCAGCUGCUGCUCGGCCAAACCUCAGCCCUGUUCACCAUCGGAGGAGAGGCUCACCUGGUGGAGGCGCGAAAUGUGGUGAAUCCUAGGGGUCCAUCGAAAUGGAUCCACUUAUGCGGAGCCUGGAACUCCGAGCACGGCCUGGCGAGCUUGUGGGCUGGUGGUAAACAGGUCGCCAUCACACCCGGCGUGGCUGAGGGACACAUCAUACCUGAUGGAGGCUCGCUCCAGCUGGGACAGGAGAGGAACGGCUGCUGCCCUCAGAGUCCCAGUAGCGGCCGUGGGAUGCCAGGGUUCGAGGCGAGCUUCGAUCAUAAGCUGGCAUUUGCGGGGAAGAUGACAGGUGUGAACAUGUGGAACAGGGUGCUGUCCGAGGAUGAGAUGUCCCAGCUUGCUUUGCAGGACGGCCAGGGCUGUGAGCAGAGGGGGAACAUGGUGGCGUGGGGCCUGACGGAGAUGUUGCCACAUGGAGGCGCUCAGUUCAUCAACUAACACAAUCUUCAAGGUGGAAAUUUUCAUCGGCACCAUCAUAGUCAUCGUCAUCACGAAUAUCAGCAACAUCGUAAUAAGCUUCCAUGCUAAACCUGAAGAAAACAUCAUUACCGAUAUAUCGUCCUGUCUCCUACAAUUCAAUAUUCUAAUUAGUGUCAUUUCCUUCAUCACCUUCAUUGCUCAUCGUGAACACUAACAGUGCAGUGAACUCUGCUGGAAAUGAUGCACACAAAUGAGAGGAAGUCAAUGCUGUGAGAGACUCAAGUUUAUUUUUGUAAUAAUUUCUAUUGAAUUGAUGCCAUAAAACUCAUGCGCACUCAUAAUCAGACUAGAGAAGUUGUAUUGUGGCACAGAACGUGCUGCAUGCACUUAAUUAGACUUCAAGAAAAACAGAGCGUCUAUUGUUAAAGUGGGUUCUGAGCCAGUAAACAGGAGUAAUCACUGGCCAGCCAUGCGGGAAAGGAAAAAAAAAACGUGGUCACAGACAAUUACAAGGAAUUAUCUUGUACCGAAGAGGGUUUUUUGGCAUAGUAAUACCUUUUUCCUCUGUCUUUAUCAACUUGUAAAUGGCCCCUUUGCAUUUUGAAUGGUGAAAACCGAUGGAAUUGUUACAGUUAUUCUAACAAAAAUGUUUAACCUAUCCAUAUUGAAAUACUGUAGAUACUGAGGGUACCAGUGAAGUAAUGUUCGUUUUUUGUUAGUGUGUUGUAAUGUAAUGUACAACACACAAUAUAAUGUUUCAAACACAUGUUGGACUGAAAACUGCUGUACUUCUUCCUUUAAAGCCGAAUAGGAACUUCUUUAAAAGCUUCAAAUGUUGUAUAAAUGAUAAAAACAACUUAUUAUUUUAACACAUUUGUUGAAAUUGGAAAGGCUUUUAAAGCAUUUCUCUUCCUAUAUUUUCUUGUAUUCUUCCAAGUGUUUACAUUGACAUGAGCUAUUUUAUUUCAUGUCUGCUUUGGUAUUUUUCAGUAGUUCUGUUUUAAUUGUAUGAUAAUAAAUGUGUGUCUUUGUUUUUGAUAAGUAUUAAGAAUGAAUAUGUUCUUUUUUUCAUGUGAGAUGGAAAGUGUGUUUGGAAUUUGAUAAAAGAAACUGAGGACAAUGUUUACACAACCCAACUUUUAUGAACUAAGUUGUCUUGUAUUGUACUGUAAAUGGAUUUUGUUGUUCUUGUUGAUGAACUGAAUGUAUUUUGUACAUAAAUGUAUUGUGCAUAGCAUGACUGGUUGAGUGGUGAGUGAGUUAUGAAUAAAAUUUCAAAAUAUUAAC